AUGGCUCUUCAGGAGGGCCACAGGCUCACGCUGUUCGUUCGCCAUACCAGCAAGAUUCCCGAGCAUAUUCGUAUCAAUGAAGCAACGCGGAUCUUCGAAGGGACUCUUGAAGCCGACUCUAUUUUAAAGGAGGCUGCGAAUUGCGGAGCAGACAUAUUUGUUUCUCUCGCAGGUCCCUCAUACGGGACGCAGGGGACGCCUUUGACAGAUGGCUAUCAACGCCUCAUUCCCAAGCUUGCCUCGCACCGCAUCAAUCGUGUUCUCAUCCUAUGCACCCCUUCUUUCCGAGACAAAGUUGACGUUGAGACGUGGAAAUGGCGAACCGGGGAGUGGUUUAUGAGAAUAUUUAGUCCAGGUCAAUACCAGGAGAUGCUGGGGGUUGGGAAUGUGGUAGCUUCCACCGAGGGCAUCCAAUGGGGUCUGUUUCGAGUUGGGGGGCUUACGAAUGGACCGGAGGCACCGGUUGAGGCUACAUACCUGGGGAGCGGCGCAGACAAGACCUGGAUCAGUAGAGCCAGUGUAGCAAGAUGGGUUCUCGAUGAGGCAAGGGAGGCACAGUGGAUAGGCAAGAUGCCCUACAUCUGCAAUAAAUGA